AUGCAGAAAGCACAAAAGCGCCGUCGCCAAGUCAGUGGAAGGGAAUGCUGGGAAGAAAUUCGCAAACCCGAGCGCGGGACACGGCAAGACGGCUUUCCCAAAAGUCAAGCGGAACAAGAACGGCUGGGGGUUCGAUGGGACUAUGAUGGGGAGAUUACCGAAGGGGAUGAUCUUUAUCAUAAAUUUCAGAUGCAACCAAAAGCUGAGAAAGUUCCCUCUUCAAUCAAGAGGUGGAGAGAGAGCAAUGGUGGAACACAUGCUGUCAUGGCCACUGCCCUGGUUAAGAAAGAUGGUUCUAAGGAAGAUGCAUAG